GUCAAACUUGACAUCAGACUGCUGGAGAGCGAGGAGCAUGGUAACUUGUGGCCACAUCGCCCUCAGCGCCGCGCAGAGGUAAUAUGCGCCUGCCAGCACCUGGCCAAGAAUGGAUUGUCAGCUCUGCGCCCUCCUCUGCCUCCUGUCCUGCGUCUCCCGAGUCACCCCGCAGCCGCCCAAUGAAGUUAAUCUGCUGGAUUCGAAAGCAAUUCAAGGGGAGCUGGGCUGGAUCUCCUAUCCGUCACACGGGUGGGAAGAAAUUAGUGGAGUCGAUGAACACUAUACUCCAAUAAGAACCUAUCAGGUUUGCAAUGUAAUGGACCACAAUCAAAACAACUGGCUUAGGACAAACUGGAUUCCCCGCAACGCAGCUCAAAAGAUUUACGUUGAGCUAAAGUUCACAUUACGAGACUGCAACAGCAUCCCACUUGUACUGGGAACAUGUAAAGAAACAUUUAACCUUUAUUACCUGGAGUCAGAUGAGGAUCAUGGGGUCAAGUUUAGGGAGCAUCAGUUUACAAAGAUUGACACAAUUGCAGCUGACGAAAGCUUCACUCAGAUGGACCUUGGAGAUCGAAUUCUGAAACUGAACACUGAGGUUCGGGAAGUGGGGCCCAUCAGUAAGAAAGCAUUUUAUCUGGCAUUUCAGGAUGUUGGUGCCUGCGUUGCCUUAGUAUCCGUGCGGGUAUAUUUCAAAAAGUGUCCUUUCACUGUGAAGAAUUUAGCCAUGUUUCCAGACACUGUACCUAUGGACUCCCAUUCUCUGGUGGAGGUGAGAGGUUCUUGUGUCAACCAUUCCAAAGAAGAAGAUCCACCUAAAAUGUAUUGCAGCACUGAAGGAGAAUGGCUCGUACCCAUCGGGAAGUGUCUUUGCAACCCUGGCUAUGAAGAGAGAGGUUUCACUUGUCAAGCUUGCCGACCAGGAUUUUACAAAGCUGUCACUGGGAACCUCAAAUGCAGCAAAUGUCCUCCGCACAGCUCAACUCAGGAAGAAGGCGCCACACAAUGUGUGUGCGAGAAGAAUUAUUACCGGGCGGAUAAGGACCCUCCGUCUAUGGCUUGUACAAGACCGCCCUCUGCACCCAGAAACCUUAUAUCUAAUAUCAAUGAAACAUCGGUUAUAUUGGACUGGAGCUGGCCGCUGGACACUGGUGGACGAAAAGAUCUCACAUUCAAUGUGGUCUGCAAGAAAUGUGGUGGAAACUCCAGGUUUUGUGAAGCUUGCAAAGGAAAUUUGAGGUUUAUCCCCCGGCAGAUUGGUUUAACCAACACCACUGUGACCAUCAUGGAUUUACUUGCUCACACCAAUUAUACUUUUGAAAUUGAAUCUGUGAAUGGGGUAUCUGACCAGAGCAUACCAGCGAGACACAUUGUUGCGGUCAGCAUCACAACCAACCAGGCAGCUCCGUCUCCUGUCACCGUAAUUAGAAAAGACCGGACAUCUCGAAACAGUAUUGCCCUUUCUUGGCAAGAGCCGGAACACCCAAAUGGGAUCAUCUUGGACUAUGAGGUCAAGUACUAUGAAAAGCAGGAACAGGAAACUAGCUACACCAUCCUGAGAGCCAGAGGUACCAACGUGACCAUCAGCAGUCUUAAGCCUGAUACCACAUACAUUUUCCAAAUUCGGGCCCGGACAGCUGCUGGUUAUGGAUCCAACAGCCGCAAGUUUGAGUUUGAAACAAGCCCUGAUUCUUUCUCCAUCUCCAGUGAGAACAGCCAAGUGGUAAUGAUUGGCAUCUCAGCGGCCAUAGUCAUUAUCCUUCUCACCGUGGUUGUUUACGUCCUCAUCGGAAGGUUCUGCGGAUACCAUAAAUCAGUGCACAGCCCCGACGAAAAAAGGCUUCACUUUGGAAACGGUCACUUAAAGUUUCCUGGACUCAGGACGUACGUCGACCCUCAUACCUAUGAAGAUCCUAGCCAUGCGGUGCAUGAAUUUGCCAAGGAGCUGGACUCUACAUGUAUAUCCAUAGAUAAAGUCAUUGGAGCAGGAGAAUUUGGUGAAGUAUGCAGCGGUCGUCUGAAACUGCCAUCUAAAAAAGAAAUCAGUGUGGCCAUUAAAACACUGAAAGUUGGUUACACCGAAAAGCAGAGGAGGGAUUUCCUGAGUGAAGCCAGCAUUAUGGGACAGUUCGAGCAUCCCAACAUCAUACGGCUGGAAGGGGUAGUCACUAAAAGCAAACCCGUAAUGAUAGUGACUGAAUACAUGGAGAAUGGCUCUCUGGACAGCUUCCUGCGGAAACAUGAUGCUCAGUUUACAGUCAUCCAGCUGGUGGGUAUGCUGCGUGGUAUUGCAUCUGGCAUGAAGUAUCUCUCGGACAUGGGUUACGUCCACCGUGACUUGGCGGCAAGGAACAUUCUCAUAAACGUUAACCUGAUGUGCAAAGUUUCUGACUUUGGGUUGUCUCGUGUCCUGGAGGACGAUCCCGAGGCGGCUUAUACGACAAGGGGUGGGAAGAUACCGAUUAGAUGGACGGCGCCGGAAGCCAUUUCAUACCGGAAAUUCACAUCAGCAAGUGAUGCAUGGAGUUACGGCAUUGUGGUGUGGGAAGUAAUGUCCUAUGGAGAGAGACCUUACUGGGAGAUGUCAAAUCAAGAUGUAAUAAAGGCAGUGGAUGAAGGUUAUCGGCUGCCACCUCCUAUGGAAUGCCCAGCUGCCUUGUAUCAGCUCAUGCUAGACUGCUGGCAGAAGGAUCGAAAUAGCAGACCAAAGUUUGAGCAGAUUGUCAGCAUCUUGGACAAGCUGAUACGUAAUCCCAGUAGCCUGAAAGUAAUCGCCAAUACAGUUGCGAGGCCAUCAAAUCUACUAUUAGAUCAAAACAGUGCUGACUAUCCCACAUACCGAACCCCGGGAGACUGGCUAGACACCAUGCAGACUGGACAAUGCAAGGACAUUCUGUCAGGAGUUAGCUACAGCUCCUGCGAAACUAUUGCAAAAAUAUCAUUAGAUGAUAUGAAGACAGUCGGUGUCACAAUCAUUGGUCCCCGAAUGCAGAUGAUGAACGCAGUGAAACCUCAAGAACUUCACAUAAAGAAUGGACCUGUUAACGUGUAAUAAAAUACAGGAUUAUGUAUUUUAAAUAAUGGUGCAAUUAUACCUAAAAACCUGAGAAGAUGUGAGGGACCUGAACUGUAUGGAAACCUCACAAACUCUUACAUGGGAGUAACAAUGCCUUAAAAUCCGAGUAAAAACUCUUCUAUAUAUUUGCCAGGAAGACUUCAUUUCUGGUCAUGUAGAGAUAAUAUACAUGUGCUGGAAGAAAGCAGAUGUCUACCACGGACAAAAUAUCAAGAUCUGAUCACAGGGUGAACCAAGAUCAUAAGCAAGAUUUGCAAUACACUAACUAUGUGUUCAUAUUUUUUUUAAUGGAAUUCUGGAUUUUAACGUUUUUUACAUUUUAAAGUGAACCUGUCAUGAAACCAGUAUAUGUUCACUCCAAACAUGUUCUACAUCUAGCGUUAUCCUUAGAAAUUGGAUUUAUAAUGCCUGGUGAGGUGUGGAAUGAUGAUGUCGGUGCCAGUCCAGCUUUGAACAGAACAGAUAAGUCAUAUGAGAGAGACUGGUUGCUAGAAACAAAAUGCCUAACAACGGACCAUUCUUAAGGAAUAUGUCCUUAGCAACCAGACUGUCAAGUAGUAAGAUUGAGGAGAUUUAACUACUCAGGCCAUAAGUUUGUCCAUCUCUUAACUGAAUUUUGAAUCAUAUUUAUGCACAGGAAAAUUUGGAUGCAGAACUACUUUAUUUCUGUUACUAUUCUAUGAAACGGUACAAAAAUUUCAAGCAGACAGAAAUUGUACAGCAUCAUAAUUCCUGCUUGAUAUCUAACUUACAGCAAGUCAAUCACGAGAAAGCUUUAUCAGCACUGGAGAGCUGUUAGGUUGAUACUAAGUCUCAUGUGUACAGAAGAGAGCUUGCUCCGUCAGAUGCUGUAUGUAUGGUGCUAUCCUCCCCUAGAAGCAAUGAAAUGCAUAUGGGAUCCGAUGGAGCAUGCCGUGAUCUCAUAUGGAGCCAGGUAGAUAUUUCUCUGCUGGUUUCCCUACAAUAAAAAAAAAAACGUGAAAUUCGGUGAGAUGUGGUAAAUUCCCUAGGCACCUCUAUGGGCGACCUAUUACUGAGAUGAUCUUUGUAAAUAAAUGUAAGGAACAGUAUACCGUGAGACGACCAAAACGUUGUCCAGUGACACACUUUCUGGACCUAUACUGUGUAUUAUUUUUUAACAUGAGCGGUUCACUUUAACUUUUAAAUUAUCAUUUUCAAUUCUAUGCGUUAAAGUCCAUAUUUACGCUGAAAAUGACAGCCACUUCGCAGGAAUGUGAUAUUUUUCACUGUUCAUUUGUAAAAUGAAUAUUUAUUUGGUAUUUUGUUUCUAAAAAUAUAUGUCUUUGUUGCUAUAUUUCUAUUUUGAUACAUAUUAAAAUUUCAAUACAAUGCUUCCAAUAUAGCCUCUGUCUGACCUUGUAAAGAAUCUUCUUUAAUUGUUAAAGCGUACCUAUUGUUAUACUGCUUUCUUUUUUUCUUAAUAAAUCAGUAGUACAGUACAUGUGAAUAUAUUCAACUUUGUAAUGUAUCUUGUUAGCGGAAAGUGGCCUCUUCCUCACCUUCAGCAAUUUGUA